AUGAAGAGGCAGAAAGCGCACCAGGAGAAGAACAAGAGGGCCCAGAAGCGAUACAGGGAACGCAAGAAGGCACUAUAUGAGGAUCAAACGAAGCAGAUAGAGCAGCUGACAGCGCAACUGCAGGAGGUGCAGAUGACUAAGGAUCGGCUGGAGACGCGCUGCUCGCUGCUGGAGAAAGUGGUCAGCAUCAGGGGGGAUGGCGGCGACGCUGCAGGCAGCUCGGCGCCACAGCCGCUGGCGAUGCAGCCGGUGCCGGAGGUUGUCACGGCGACGGCGGCGCUGCUGGGACUCAUAUACCCGGGGCACGGCAUGGAGGCCAGCUUGCGUACAGACCACGUGGAGCGCAUGACCUUCCAGGACUACAUCAAGGUCUUCGAGGACUUCACCCAAAGGCUGAUGCGGCUGAUGCUGCACACGGACGGGCGCCAGGGGUGCCCCUUCCGCGCAGAGAUCGAGAAGAUGAUCGAGGCGCGGCGCUGGUCGGUGCUGAAAGUGCUGGAGCACAAUCCCGAGCGCAUGAUGCGCAUUGCGAUGGAAGUUCGCUCGCAGAGAAUGGAGUGCGCUGCCGACCCCGCCAAGCAGCGCAGCAUCCUGGACGCCAUGGAGCUGACCCCCGAGCAGAAAAGGAGAGUGGUGGAGAACCGGCGGCGGCUCCUGAUCGGCCUCGAGGCGCUCACGCGACGCCAGAACGCGGCCGUUGAGGUGCUGCAGAAAUCCAUGCCGUUGGAGUACAACGACAUGAGCGCCUCGAUGGCCUUUCUCAGGGCGACGCUGGCAGCGCAGGACGUGACUGAAGGCCUCAAGAAGAAUCAUGGCGUCGUGCGCGACUUCAUGCACGAACUGCUCGGCACGGUGCUGACGCCAUGGCAGGAGGCCAAGUGCACUGUGGAGGCCUGGCCGGGCUAUCCAGACGCGCUGGCCAUCUCAAACAUGCUAGCGGAAGAUUUGGGGGACGAGACGGCCAACGCGCGACUGCUGCUGCUCAAACAGGCUCCUGGCGCGACAGCGUAUGAGGCAGAAGCUCCACGGCAGUCACUCAUGCUGAAGCUCAUUUCUUAUGCACCAGAUGGCACAUGA